CGGAAUGUGGGAAGUUCUCUGUUUCUAAAAUUAGAAUAAAAUGUUACUAAAAAUAGCAAUACGUGCCAUCGUAUUACACCUGUGACGUACCAAAUCGAGGCCAGGAAGCGAACCGAUUAUCUAUCAACAAACUGAAGUUUAUCAUUUCCAACAUCCACCAUCAUUUGUGCUACCAACACAGCUCCACUGUAUUGACUUUCACAGAGAGUGACAUUAGUCAUGUGACUUGCCACUGGUUAUCACUUGGUUUCGCAUUGCCCGGAAAAAUACACAGGAUCAAACAGUCUCACCUUGUAUACAUGAAAAAGGUUUCUGCCUAGUGUACAACUCGUGAGCUACAUGACGUCAGAAAGGAUGCCGGGUGUUGGGUUUAUCCGUGUUAAGCUGCUGCAGGUGGAGCGGGGCUCAUCUAUGGACACAAAGGCAGAGUUGUUUGACCCCUACAUUGCGAUCAACGUGAAGGAAGCAAUCAACACUCCAGGUCGUGGCAUACAGCUAGUGCAGCGCAAGAAGACAAUCUAUCCUGAAUGGAAUACUUGUUUUGACGCCCACCUGUAUGAGGGGCGUGUAAUCCAGAUGAUCGCUAUGGAGAGACCGAACAAGUUCCUUGCAGACACAACAGUGAGCGGCAAGGCUCUCGCGGACAAAUGUACAGACUCUUCCAUUGUUACUGCAUGGCUUGACCUGAAGCCAUCUGGCCGAUUACAGUGCCAGAUUCGCUACUUCACUGAAAAUGAAGAGGUUAUGAGAUCCAAAAAAGGAAGUAAAGAGGAGAAAAGUUCAAGAGAAAGCAUGGAGAAUUCUAUAAAACAGAUAAAGGAGCAUGACAGUGAGAAGCAGCAGGGCGGGGGUAUCACCCGACGUCGGGGUGCCAUUAAGCAGCAGAAGGUUCACGAGGUCAGGGGUCACCAGUUUAUCGCAAAGUUCUUCAGACAACCUACAUUUUGCGCGUUCUGCAAUGACUUUUGCUGGGGCCUUAACAAGCAAGGUUACCAAUGCAAAGUGUGCAACUGCGCCGUACACAAGAAAUGUCACCACCAGAUCCUUGGCCAGUGUCCAGGCAGUGCCAAGGAAAGCCGCGAAACAAAGAUGUUGACAGAGCGGUUCAAGAUUGAUAUUCCACACAAGUUCAAGGUGAACAACUACAUGUCCCCCACAUUCUGUGACCACUGCGGUACCCUGCUCUACGGACUCUUCAGACAGGGACUCAAAUGUCAAGUGUGUGGUGUGAACUGCCAUAAGAAGUGUGAGCGUUUUAUGCCGAACCUGUGCGGGGUGAACCAAAAGUUGUUCGCUGAGGUUCUCCAACAGGUGAAGAAGACCGGCGAUGAAAGACGAGCCUCAGUCUCCCCAGACAAAUCUGCUCCUGGAGCUCCCAAAGAGUUUGAUGAUGACUCAGAUGAUGAGGGAUACGAGCAAGUCUGGGACAAAGAGAACCGUGACCGCCCUCCACCACCCCCACCCAAGAAGAAAUACAACCCAGACCAGUUCAACAUGCUCAAGGUCCUCGGCAAGGGAAGCUUCGGAAAGGUGUUGUUAGCAGAGCUGAAGGGGACAAACACAUUCUAUGCAGUAAAGGUGUUGAAGAAGGAUGUGGUACUGGAGGAUGACGAUGUCGAGUGUACGAUGAUUGAGAAACGGGUGCUAGCCCUCGGAGUUAAGCACCCCUACCUGACACAUCUACACAGUACCUUCCAGACUGCAAGUCACAUGUACUUUGUAAUGGAGUAUCUGAACGGCGGUGAUUUGAUGUUCCAUAUACAGCUGUCUGGCAAGUUUGACAUGCCUAGAGCUCAAUUUUAUGCAGCAGAAAUCUUACUGGGGCUACAAUUUCUACAUUCAAAUGGCAUUGUAUACAGAGACCUGAAGCUGGACAAUGUUUUGCUAGAUAAGGAAGGUCACAUCAAGAUUGCUGACUUUGGUAUGUGUAAGGAGGGAAUAUACGGGGAGCAACGUGCCAGCACCUUCUGUGGAACACCAGACUACAUCGCACCAGAGAUCCUGAAAGGUCAAAAGUACACAUCAUCAGUAGACUGGUGGUCGUUUGGUGUACUUCUGUAUGAGAUGAUGAUUGGUCAGUCGCCCUUCCACGGUGACGACGAAGAUGAUCUCUUCCACUCGAUCCUCAACGACACGCCCCACUACCCACGAUGGCUACCAAAGGAGGCUGGCUCCAUACUCAGCCUGCUCUUUGAGAGGAACCCUGCAGAUCGACUUGGGAUGUCGACAUGCCCAGCGGGACCGAUCCGGGCCGUCCCAUACUUCCGUCAGGCAGAUUGGGACAGACUGGAGAGACGGCAGAUAGAGCCACCCUUCAAACCAAAAGUUAAAUCGGACAGUGAUAUAUCCAACUUUGACACUGACUUCACGAUGGAGCGCGUGACCCUCACCCCGCCGGAUAAGGACCUCCUAAAGACAAUGAACCAGCGACUGUUCCAGGGAUUCAGCUUUACCAGUGCUGCUGCAUUGUGAUAGCACUGUUGAUUUAGUCUUCAUCAUAAUGUAUUAACAACUAUAAAUGGAAUGCACAAGUCAGGGCAUUCUUAAGAAACAUUUAGUUAUGUAUACACAUUAAAUAAGUAUGACAGUGUUAUUGACAUAAUUCGUUCCAGAAUUAUUGAAUAUGGCAAUGAAUGAAAUAAAUUUGAGAUAAUGAAAUAUUUGAUAUGUUUGAAAAACUUAAGUCAGAUGCUUUAAGUCUUACUAAUUUAUACAAUUGUCUUCAGUAUCUACUAUUCUCAGCGAUUUCAAAUGUAUUUUUUUCUUUUUUUAUUUAACUAAGGUUGAAGUGGUUUGAUUUGAAAUCAAUUUAUAACUAAUUAAUCCUUAAUCUCUCUGUGAUCUCAAAUGCCAAAAUCCAAAAUAUUGCAUUAUUCUCCUGUGGAAACCUCAUUAUAUGCGCAAGCACAUUUGUGCUUGUGGGCCCUUUUUGUACUUAAGUUUAGGGACGAGAACUUAAACAAACAGUUACCAAAACAGUCUCAUUCAGGGAUCUGUAGUCGAAAUGCUAGCUUUUUUUAUCUAUAGCGAAAUAUAGUGCCUCAAAACUAACUCAUAUGUAAAUGUAGGCUGACUUUUACAGAUAUAAUUUCAAAGGUUUCUGGCAGCUAGGGAUUAAAAUAUUUUAGAUGUAUUUACCAGCAUUGCCUUUUUAUCCGUGGUUGUCAUAGUGUUUGAUAGUAUAGGAAAAAAGACUGUAGGAAUAGAGACUGUAGGAAUAGAGACUGUGUGUGUGUGUUGCAGAAAGUAAAGCUUAUGUGGAAGAAAUACUCUUGUAUGCUUACUGAAAAGUAGAAUUUCUUCAUCAUCAGCAUUAUUUGUAAUCUUGUUGAGUUACUAUUCUUAUCAUAGAUGUAUCAUAAUUAAUCCUAACAAUGAUAUAUUCCGUGUUAUAUUGGUAAUGAAUAAUUCAUAUUGAAAUGCAUAUAUUAUUUUUAACUGGACAAUCAUAAUGGAUUUGUCUCAUGGAACAUUUUACAGAUCAGUUUAUUAAGUAACAAAAACACUAACAUUUCUAACAAACAAAUAAGACAAUGUUGACCAGAAUUCAAUCACUUGUAGUUGAUGUUUAUAUGAGCAGAAACACAUUAAAUGCCAAAGAAUGAUUGUCACAUUAAUGUUAAAUUGUCAUUUCAGUUAUGUUAAAUGGUCAUCACAGAACUGUUAAAUGGUCAUCACAGAACUGUUAAAUGGUCAUCACAGAACUGUUAAAUGGUCAUCACAGUACUGUUAAAUUGUCAUCACAGAACUGUUAAAAGGUAGAACUGUUAAAUGGUCACCACAGUAAUGUUAAAUGGUCAUCACAGAACUGUUAAAUGAUCAUCACAGAACUGUUAAAUGGUCAUCACAGAACUGUUAAAUGGUCAUCACAGAACUGUUAAAUGAUCAUCACAGAACUGUUAAAUGGUCAUCACAGAACUGUUAAAUGGUCAUCACAGAACUGUUAAAUGAUCAUCACAGAACUGUUAAUUGGUCAUCACAGAACUGUUAAAUGAUCAUCACAGAACUGUUAAUUGGUCAUCACUGUACUGAUAAAUGUUCAACACAGUUACUCGAAAUGGUCAACACAGAACUGUUAAAUGGUCAUCACAGUAACUCUCAAUGGUCAUCACAGUAACUCUCAAUGGUCAUCACAGUAACUCUCAAUGGUCAUCACAGUAACUCUAAAUGGUCAUCAUAGUAACUCGAAAUGGUCAUCAUAGUAACUCGAAAUGGUCAUCACAGUAACUCUCAAUGGUCAUCACAGUAACUCUCAAUGGUCAUCACAGUAACUCUAAAUGGUCAUCACAGUAACUCAAUGGUCAUUGCAGAACUGUUAAAUGGUCAUCACAUAAUUUUUAAAUGGUCAUCACAGUACUGUUAAAUGGUCAACAUAGUAACUUUAAAUGGACAUCACAGUUACUUAAAAUGAACAUCACAGUUACUGUAAAUGGACAUGACCGGAAUUUUAAAUCCUAUUCAGAAUACCUUAAUACUAGCAUCAAAGUUUGUCUCUUUUUUUCAAUUAUUAUCAAGUACAUAUUGAAGGAUGUCCACAGCUCAGUUCUAAAAGUUGUUUGCUCAUACAUCGUAUGUAUGUGUUGACCUUACAUUGACAUCAUUCAUUUAUUUGUGUGUUAAUCUUGCAUUUAUAUGUUUUUUACCUAUUAUAUGUGUAUGUGUUAUGACAAUACAUUUACAUGUGUUUACCUUACUUUAUUACAUGUGUAUGUAUGUUGAUAUUACAAGUUUCUGUGUUUUUACCUUACUUCAUGUGUAUGUGUGUAUUAGUCUUACAAGUAUAUGUGUGUUCACAUUACUACAUGUUUAUGUGUGUAUUAGUCUUAAAAGUAUAUGAGUGUUCACAUACAUCGUGUGUAUGUGUGUAUUAGUCUUACAAGUAUAUGUGUGUUCACAUUACUUCAUGUGUAUGUGUGUAUUAGUCUUACAAGUAUAUGUGUGUUCACAUUACUUCAUGUGUAUGUGUGUAUUAGUCUUACAAGUAUAUGUGUGUUCACAUUACUUCAUGUGUAUGUGUGUAUUAGUCUUACAAGUAUAUGUGUGUUCACAUUACUUCAUGUGUAUGUGUGUAUUAGUCUUACAAGUAUAUGUGUGUUCUCAUUACUACAUGUGUGAUGGAUGAAUGUUGAUUUCUCUGCUCAGCCCAUAGUGUUACUAUGGUGUUAUAUUUCUGUUAAUAUAUGAAGUAUAGUUGUUUUUGGCCGAGGCCGAGCUCAUGCCAACUGUGUGAUAAUAGUGGACAUAGCUAGUAUAAUUCCAUCAUACCCUUCAUUGUUUCACCUAGGUUGGGAAAGAGUCCAUGGCAUGGUAUUAUGUAGUGUACAUGGCCUAACUUGACUAUCCUUUUAACGAUUUCUGAUAAAAAUCGUGAUUUCGCAUGACCAUUUAUAUUGAACAAUGGUCAUGUGUUUAUUUUCAGGCAGCUGCUUUUUUUAGAUAAAGAUUUCAAAAAGAUCUUUUAUUUUUAUUUUUUUCAAUGAAAUCUUAAGGUGAAAUCAACUAGGUGAAGUAAUGAAUGGUACAUUAAAAUUAUUACUCAUAUUUUUAAGUGUAAGUUAUUGAAUUGUAGUACACUUUAUAUAUAUAUAUUAAGUGCAUUGUAUUUUCUAUUUAAUCAGAAUUUUUAUAAUUGUCAUGACAAAAAAGGAAUGCAUAAUACUAUUUAAAUUUGUUAAACUUUGUUAGUAUGUAACUAUUUGAGUAUUAGAUGUAAUCGGCUGAUUGUUGAAUGAGCUAUUUUGUUUUAUUUUCAUCAAUGUAGAUAUUGAGUUUAUGUUAGGACUGUUUCUGGAAAAAAAUGUAGUGGGGAGGGGUUGGGGGCGGUAGUGGUUUGAUAAGGUUUAUACCACUUCCCUUCCAUCAUUACUAGAAUAGGGCCAACACCCCCUCCGCCACAGCUAGAACAGCGUGGACCAUGACCACAAUGUAAUAGAAUUCAGUAAAUUAUAAAAUGUUUAUGCUGAUGUCAGGCACUUCUUUAAGGCCCCUCCUGAGAUUUGUUAGACAAUUUCAUAUGCAAAGCUUCUUGUAUAUUUUAUGCUCAGGCAAGUUAAAAAAACACAUUUAAUGUUUCAGCAAAUACAGGUUACAAGGGAUAUUCAUAUUCUCUUCAAGCUCUUUAGUUUUGUACCAAGCGGCAGGGACCAUUUAAUCCUACUCCCAGCCUGCAGCUAGAAACAUUACUUUUGAUUUCAGUGUACAAUUUUGACACCUAUUUGCUGUAUGUCGUAAAAUAUUGGCAAAAAUAUUCAGGUAAUUCUGCUAAUGAGCCGCCAUUUCUAAUGAUCUUUGUAAUUAAUUGGUUAAAGAGCACCAUGACAUAUAGUUAUAUCCAUUUUAAGAAUUAAAUUGAAUUAAAUUUAAAUUAAAAUUCUCCAGCUGUAUGUGAAUGGUUGGCCUUUAAGCUCCUCAACCAACACAUUAGAAUAUGACAAUCAGAAAAAAACAAACACCCCCCAACAAUUUUAACUUGUAUAAUGCACCCCGCCUAGACAAUAGGAACUCCUUUAACACUGCUCGCCAAGGUCCGCCCCCCAUUACCUUUUUCUCUGAAACAGCCUGUAAAUAAUAGUAACAUCAAAUUUGACAUUUUGUAUUCAUUGCAAAAACAAAAGACAAAGGCCUAUCUACAAUUUGAACAUAGUACUUCUUAUACUAAAGCAGAAAGAGUUUUUAGAAUUAUAAUUCUUUCGUGUUGUUUCAUUGGUCUUUUGGUUUUGGUUCAAAAUGUGCCUCAAACUCUAUUAUGGGUUAAACACAAGUCUAUUUUAUUAUUUAUAUCCAUUUAACACCCUGCAUGUACAUUGAAUUACAAGUGUUAAGGGAUUAUUACAUGGUAUAUUUACGGUAGGGCAUGUUACAUGUUGUAUUUAAUUUUAACAUGGUGUAUUUACCUUAAGGUAUGAUCACAUGGUGUAUUUAGCUUCAGGCAGGAUAAGCAUGGUGUAUUUACCUGAAGGUAUGAUUACAUGAUGUAUUUAACUGAAGGCAUGAUUACAUGGCAUAUUAACCUUUAGGUAUGAUUACAUGGUGUAUUUACAUCGAGGUAUGAUAACAUGGUAUAUUUACCUUGAGGUGUGAUUACAUGGUGAAUUUACCCAAAGGAUUAGUAUGGUGUUUUUAGCUUAAGGUGUGAUUACAUGAGGCAUGAAUGUAUUUGUUAGAUGUUGUUUGCUUAUCUUUUAAUACUUUCUUACUUUUAUAGUAAUUUACACUUGCAUACACAUUCAAAUGUUGUGAAAUUAGGUGAUGGCAGUUUGUACUCAUUCUAAAGCUCAAUAUCUUGUAUAAAAGAUCACAGCCUUAGCAAAAAGUGUACAUUUCAUUGAUGCUGAUAAUUGUAAUAUGGUAUUGAUCAUAGUUCUUGUUUAAUUGAAUUAACUAUAUAUUCUGCAUUCCUUUCAAUCAGAACAUUAGGAUGUCAGUUUGUUUAAAAGCAAGUAGAUAGACUUAAUAUUGUAUAAUUGAAGAAAUACUGGUGGCAAUGCAAGGUCAUGUUGACGCUUAAGCAUUUAUAUAUAGAUAUAAACUUUGUUAUGUUAUGUUAUAUGCUAUCUAAUUGGUAAAUAUAUAUUAUUUGCCAAAACAAUUACCAACAAGUUGUCCACCAUAAUAGAAAGAAAAAUAGUUUUGCCACUCUCAUUUGAUUCACUGUAAGGGUACUGGGGCGGUGGGUGGGGGGUCAGAAUUACUAUCACUCUAUUUCUGUUCUCAGGAUUCCAUUGCUAACAAGUAUGACACUGUAGAGCCAUAAGCAGAUUCUUAUACGAGUAGAAACUCUGACUUAAACAAUUUGCAAAACCUUCCCCCUGUAGUGGCUGUUGAUAGUGUUUCCUCUCUGAUUGUUUCAGUAUUACAUGCCAUACCAGUAAUUGUGCACUUUGUUUGAUAUAUCAAACUAUUACAGAAAACUGUUUCUUUCCUGAAACUUUGUACAAUAGUGUUUUCAUUUUGCAUGAAAUAUGUUUUUCAUCAAAUCAUUUAUAUAAGUAUUCAUUCAUGCAUGAGGUAUUGUUUCAUUUAAGCAGUCAUUAAAAUUAGACUUAAAUGCACAAGCCCAAAAUUUGUUUGGCUUGAAAAUUGUUCAACAAGCUUUGCUAUAUACAGUAAAUCCAGAAUUGGUGCAAGCCCGAAAAGCAUGUUACCGGUGAAGGGCUUAAGGCUUGUGCUAAUUUCAAGCACUGUUUUAGGUACCCAAAAAAAGCUACUGAUCACUAACUUGAAUGAAUAUGCGUAUGAACUGUUUUUAACAAUUGAACUUGCCUGUACCAUAACAUAUAAAUCUGCAUCUAUCUGCCAAUGUUAUACCUGCUUAGGUGUACCCAAAAUUACCGUGAUCUCGGGUUGCAGUUUUAUGCUAUCACCAGAGAUGAGAUGCAGUAUUUAUUCUUUUUUAACGAAUAUUUUAUUUCAAAAUUAUAAAGAAUAUUCAUGUAUAAAAUUAUCAAAGGAGGAAAAUUUCUUGCUAAAAUCAUGAAACAUAUAUUUUUUUAUAUUUACAUAUGAUGGGGAUUAUGUGAAAUUAUUUAUAGACUGUUUGACUGUGCAGCUAAAUGAAAUCGUACAGUUGAAUCAUGCAUUCCUCUGAUUUUGUUUAAAGUUAAUCAUUUUAAUUUUUAAUUAUCAUGGAACAUCAGAAAUCUGUUAUACGCAAUUGAGCGUGAUAUUAAAAUUUGUCACAUUUGAUAUAACAGAAUAUGUAGUGAUGACUAUAUGUUAUUUAUAAUAAAAAAAAUAAGUCACAUGAGUUAUGAUAAUACUACCUUUUAGUCUAUCCAGAACUUACACAUAUUAUUAAAUGAACUGCAAUAUUUGCAUUGUAUAUUGUUCUUUUAUCGUAGAUCAGAUUAUUUUUUACCUAUUUUGAUGUAACUUUGUUAUAUAUUUGUCUUGUUACAACAUUAUAAACAUGUUGAUCAUUUAAAUAAAUAUAUCGUUAUAUUUUCUCCUUUGUGUAGAAAACUUUUUAUAGCGUAAUUCUUGUGAUACACACUUUUGUCAUUGGUCGGAGACUAUACCUACAUUGCAUACUGAGAGAGGAAAAGUUUUAUCUUUUAAAGGUGUUUUAAAAUGAUUUUAUAUAAUACUUAUUCUGGUGCAUCCUGUUAUCACUUUUUGUAAUUUUAACCACGUUAUAGAAAUGGGAUGUUGUUACAGUUGGCUUGUAAGCACAUUUACUUUGAAAGGAUUUGUUUUUUGCACAGUAUGCAAUGAUUAUGGUAAAAAGAUUUAUGCUCCUUAACAAUAUGUUAAAUAUAUUUCUUUUGUAGUGAUGAUAAUUGUUUGAUAUAACAUAAAAAUUCCUAUUAAACAUCCAGAAUAUG